AAUGCUUGACGGAAAGAAAUUUAGCUUUGACUGGAAGGGCCACCCAGUCAGACCUUGUGAAAUCGCCAUACGCGGGGGAAGGCAUUGCCCAAAAUGCCAUUGAUGGAAAUCGGGACUCACAUUUCCAUCAUGGAUCCUGCACUCUCACUGAUGAAGAUACUAACCCCUGGUGGAGGGUUGACCUACUGAAGGAGUACAUCAUCACAUCAGUGGUCAUCACCAACAGAGGAGACUGCUGCCCUGAGAGACUCGAUGGAGCUGAGAUUCGCAUUGGCAGCUCCCUUAUUGACAACGGCAACGACAACACACAAGUUGGAGUAAUAUCCUCUAUCCCAGCUGGGGAAAGCCAGACCUUUACAUUCAGCUCUGGGGUCAGUGGUCGCUAUGUUAAUGUUUUUCUGCCAGGCCCCGAAAGGACUUUAAGUCUCUGUGAGGUUGAGAUUUAUGGCUAUUUGGCACCAACUGGUGAGAAUGUGGCCUUAAGAGGGAAAGCCACUCAAUCAGACCUUUAUGGAAACGGCUUUGCUUAUAACGCCAUUGAUGGGAAUCGAGAUGGAAUAUGGGGUCAUGGGUCCUGUACUCACACAGAGGGUCACCUCAACCCCUGGUGGAGGGUGGACCUGCUCCAGACAUACAAAGUCUUCUCAGUGAUCAUCACCAACACUGUGGAUAGUGUCCCCAGUCGGCUAAAUGGAGCUGAAAUCCGUAUUGGCAAUUCCUUGGACAACAAUGGCAUCAAUAACCCCAGGUGUGCUGUAAUCUCCUCGAUUCCUGCUGGGUUUUCUAAGACGUUUCAGUGCAACGGCAUGGAGGGACGCUAUGUGACAGUAGUGAUACCUGGACGUGCAGAGUAUCUCACUCUCUGUGAAGUAGAGGUGUACGGAUCACCACUGGACUGAAGCUCUUCAAAACAACACACAUGCUCCAUUAUGUUGAAUAAAGCAGCCGUAAUGAGGGGCGUAGCAGCAAAUUGUGGACCCUAUAUGUACAAUCAACUCCCAGGACUGUGUGUGGACCCCCUAUAUAUGCAUUGGGCCCUGUUGACUCAGUCACACUCCACUCGACUUUUUUGUGUGUCACAAUCUAUUUUUGGAUGGUAAUUGCACAAAAUAUAGUCCACUAAAUUGCUCAGAUCUUCAAUUCACAAAAAUUGUCAACACCUCUUGACACAAUUUAGCACCACAAGGGGUCAUCAUAGCCUGUGUGUGUGUGUGCACAUGUUAAAAUCAUAUCUCUCCUUGAAAUGGAUAUUUACAGGGGAAUU